UUUUGAUUAUUGCCCAUCUUCUGGCGAGUCGCAUGCUCCACUUCAUCAAUUCCCAUCUCAACCCAUUCUUCUCCCAAUAGCUCCAUUCUUCCCCUCCAAACAGCAUCCAGGCGAACGCCCAUCCCUACCAUCAUGUUCCGCCUUAGGCCAGCCCCAGGCUCAGUUCCACAUCGACUCUCGACCCUUCGGCCGAUACGACCUUUGCCGCCCUCAACUUUUCGGUCCCUCUCGAACGAUGCCGGCGGCAAGGUAGUAAGACCAACCAACUCAGCUUUGUCCCAAAAUUUCUUCGCUGGGCAUCACAGACCAUCUUCGAAGCCUCAUUCCCAGCUCAACCUCGUCCGUACUCGCAGCACCUUCCGUAUCUCUUCAGAGGAGUUUGCUGGUAAACACCCUUACUUGUCUGUCAGCAUCAGGCUCGUUUUGUCUUCCAUCUUUGGUCUCGUUGUCCUCACUGGCGCAAUUCUGGUUCAUGAUGCGUUUACCUACUCUGAGAGACAUGUCGAUCGUGUGCCCUGUAACCCUCUGAGUUUGAAACCUCGAGUUGGUGGUAAGAAGAAUCUGCCGAUCAUCGAGGUGAAUUUGGAUGAUGAGGAAGAUGAUACGAAAAGAGCUAUGAGAGGGAAGCCUAGGCUUGUUAUCGUUGGCGGAGGCUGGGGUGCUGUCUCCCUCAUCCAAUCUCUGCCAGCACAUGCCUAUAACGUAACGCUUAUUUCUCCCCAGACAUACUUCGCCUUCACUCCCCUCUUGCCUUCGGCGUGCGUCGGUACUAUUGAACCUCGUUCAUUAGUGGAGCCUCUUAGGAAACUUAUUGCGCGGGUCAGAGGUCAUUACUUGAUGGGAGCUGCUGUCGAUCUCGACAUGACCGAGAGGCUUCUGGAGGUUGAAGUUCCCAAGGAAGAUGGAGAGGGGACAAUGAGGUGCUAUGUUCCUUACGAUAAGCUGGUCAUCGCUGUCGGUUCCACAACAAAUAACCACGGCGUCAAGGGUUUGGAACAUUGCUACCAACUCAAAACAGUUCCAGACGCUCAAGCUAUCCGCCGAAAGGUCAUGAACAACCUCGAACUCGCGUCCUUGCCCACAACCACACCUGAUGAGAGGAAGAAGUUGCUGUCAUUCGUUGUUUGCGGCGGUGGCCCUACCGGUGUUGAAUUUGCUGCUGAGCUGGCUGAUAUGAUGGCUGAGGAUGUCCUCAAAUACUAUCCCAAGAUCUUAUCCAGUGAAGUUGAGGUGACUGUCGUCCAAAGUCGUGACCACAUUCUUAACACCUACUCUGAGAAGAUCUCUCAAUACGCCGAGAAGAGGUUUGCUAGGAAUGAUGUCAAGGUCAUCAUCAAUGCUCGAGUUCAAGAAGUCAAGGAGGGCCGAGUAAUUCUCUCAAUAAAAAACCCGAAGGAUAAGGACGCCAAGCCCGAGAUUAAGGAACUCGAAGCUGGUUUCGUUCUCUGGAGCACUGGUAUAGCCAUGCAGCCGUUCACUAAACGCCUUGUUGAGCUUCUCCCCAACCAGUACCAUUCUAAAGCCGUUGAGGUCGAUGGGUUCCUUCGUGUGCAGGGCGCCCCUCAAGGCUCUGUCUACGCACUCGGUGACUCCGCUACUGUUCAGACCAAUCUUAUGAAUGACUUGUACAACCUUUGGGAUAAAUUCGACAUCAACAAGGACGGUAACAUUGAUUAUGAAGAGUGGCAAGAGAUGGUCAAGUAUAUCAAGAAGAAGCACCCCCUUGCUCACCGAUCUCUUACCAAGAUGCGCGCCGUGUUUGAGGAGUUUGACAGGGACCAUGACGAAAAGCUCACUUUGAACGAGGUUGCCGAGUUGUUCGCGAAGCUGUCGAAGAAGGUCACCAGUUACCCAGCCACCGCCCAAGUUGCGAGUCAACAAGGAAAGUAUUUGGGUGCAAAGUUCAGCAAGCUCGCCAAACAGCGUGACACCCUUAGCAGCAACGGUAUUUUCGACCUCGAUGACGAGUCUUACUACCAUCCCUUCGAAUACCGACACCUCGGCAGCUUGGCUUACAUCGGAAAUUCUGCUGUCUUUGAUUAUGAAGGCUGGUCCUUGGCUGGCGGUUUACUCGCCAUGUAUGCUUGGCGAUCUAUUUACUGGUCUGAGCAAACUUCCAUGAGGACUAGAUUGCUUUUGAUGUUGGAUUGGGUCAAGCGUGGUAUCUUUGGACGUGACUUGUCCAAAUUUUAAUUAAUAUCUGUGAGAUCGGCUGAAGAAUCGUAGCUUUGAUUAUAGAUACAGGUCAUCAGGAAUGCAUGACCGGUUAUUGUAUUCCCGCCGUUUCCUUUCCGCUGACAUAACCAUUUGGGCAUUACCCCUCCAUCUUUGAUUGACUACUACUGUUGCCUUUACACACUCUUUGAGGGAGAAAAGGCGAGAUAGGGAGGGAUGAUUAGUACUUAAUUCCCAUGUACAGCCGUCUUCCUGAGAUCCCCGACCUUCAAAAUCUGGAUACUGGGCAGAUCCCGAACCCUUUUAAAUACAUUCAAAUUGCCUGCCACCGUCGGCAACCGUUCCAUAAUCAA